AUGCUUGGAAGUAGGCACAGCCGUGACCGGUGUUUCAAGUGCUACUUCUGCCUCGUGGCCUACGCCACCCUCAUCUUCUUCAUCUUCACCAUCUCCGUUUUCAUCUUCUGGCUGAUCUUUCUUCCCCAAGAGCUCAAAUUCACUGUCACCGACGCCUCACUCACAAAAUUCAGUCUCACUAACACCACCACAAACACUACUCUCUAUUACAACCUUGCGCUCAACAUCUCUAUAGGAAACCACAACAAAAAGGUUGGUGUAUACCUCAGUCACAUCCGGGCCACGGCCAACUACGGAGAUAAGAGUUUUGCCGUGGUGAACAACAUUUCGACUUCUUUCUACCAAGGCCACAAGAGCAUAAGUACGGUACGUGCUGUGUUUGAAGGACAUCAAGUUGUGGUGCUUGAGGAAUUGGAGCUUUCCAGGUUCAACUUCGAAAGACGUGCUCGGGUUUACAAUAUUGAUGUAAAGUUGGGUCUUCGGGUAAAGGCUAGGUAUGGGAAGAUCGAGACUGGCUAUUUAAGUCCCCCCAAUGUCGAUUGCCAGCUGGAAAUCCCUUUGAGUAGUUCUCCUAUUGAAAGAUAUGUGGGUGCUAUGUUUAGGCUCACCGAUUGCGGGGGUGUCGCCCUCCCACUCCUUGUACCUUAG